AUGGCAGUCAAUUUACUUGGCAGUAAUGAUCUUGAUGCUCGUAUUAUUCUUAACGUCGGUGGAACACGUUUUGAAACACUCAAAUCAACGCUGAGAAAACUACCAGCAACACGUUUAUCCAAGUUAACCGAGCAAUUAUCCUAUUACGAUCCAAUCUUAAAUGAAUACUUUUUCGAUCGUCACCCAGGCGUUUUCUCGCAAAUCCUUAAUUACUACCGUACUGGAAAAUUGCAUUAUCCGACAAAUGUAUGUGGACCUUUGUUUGAAGAUGAAUUGUCCUACUGGGGUUUACAACGUGAAGAUGUCGAGCCUUGUUGCUGGAUGACGUACACCAAACAUCGUUCAACUGCAGAAACACUAUCGAUAUUAGAUAGUUUAGAAUUAGAUACCGUACGUUCCUCUCGUCAAGAAGUCAUCAAAAAGUUCGGCUGGGACGAUAAUUAUCAAUACGUGCAAGGUCGCUUGCCGAAAUAUAAAAAAAUGAUGAUGAUUAUUUGGCAAAUAUUCGAAGAGCCGAGAUCGUCAACCAUUGCUAAAGUUGUUACUGUGAUUUCAAUCUUUUUUAUUCUUGUAUCGAUUCUUUCGUUUGUCCUACAAACUUUGUCAAUGUUUCGCAUAACUGAAAUUGAUUUUGUCGAUGUUUUUAUAAACAAAACUGCAACGGAACGAACGCCAACAUUAAAUCGACAACAAGUACAUCCAUCAUUUGACGUUGUCGAAUGGAUUUGUAACACUUGGUUUAUAUUCGAAAUUGUCAUUCGAUUCCUUGUCAGUCCUAAUAAAACAGAAUUUUGUAAAUCAUUUUUGAACAUCAUCGACUUCCUCGCCACAUUCUGGUUUUUCUUCACAUGGGCGCUAACAAAACUAAACGUGAACGAUAACGAAGCACUCGAUCUGUUGUCGACUAUUCGCAUCAUGCGUUUAUUUAAACUCUUCAAUCAUCAUCCUGGCUUGAAAGUGAUUAUCACAUCAAUGCAAUACUCAUCAUCAGUUUUAUGGCUACUAAUAUUCUUCGUUUUGAUCGCUGUGGCUGUUUUCGCUUCGUUAAUUUACUACGCUGAACGAAUGACAACACGACAUCCGAAUGAGAAUAUGUUUAAAUCCAUUCCUGAUGCGCUGUGGUUCAACAUGAUCACAAUGUCAACAAUUGGUUAUGGAGAUUUAUAUCCGAAAACAAUGUUAGGAAUGUUGAUUGGUGCUGUUUCAACAGUUGCCGGUGUACUGAUCAUCGAUUUACCAAUGCCGAUUAUUGUUGAAACAUUUGCAAAUUUCUAUGCUCAUCUUCGUGCACGAUCCAAACUACCCAAAACCCGAAGAAAGAUUGGUCCGGCUGAGCCAACCGUGAAAAAACGUACGCCAAUAUCAGCAGUUGAUAAUGGGCAAAACUUGAAACUACUCGGCCCAUCAACUAAAACAUCCAUGUUUGGAAGUAAAACAAAUAUGAUGGCUUAG